AUGAAGGAAGUGAAUGAAGAAGCCUGCUCUCCUACCUUAGUUUCAAUUGGCCCCUUAGUUUCAAUUGGCCCAUUUCACCGUGGAGACAAGAGAUUGGAAUCAAUGGCAAAGGUAAAACCACGGUGCCUCAACAACUUUCUAGAAAGGACUCAAGAGAAAGUGUUGGAGGAUUAUGUUAAAGCCCUAAGAGAUUGGGAAGAUAGAAUUCGAUGCUGUUAUUCAGAGACCAUUCCAGUGGAGAGUGAUGAUUUUACAAGCAUGAUCCUAACUGAUGCUUUCUUCAUCAUUGAGAGAGUGUUCCUGCACCAUAUUGAUCCAAAAAAGGGAAUUCGUAUGAAAUUUAGUUUUAACUAUGUUCAACAAAACUACUGUGAACAACCGGUCAGAACUACUACAUUCAAAUCACCUACAUUUACAAACUUGAUCCAUCACCUGAAUGAUAUGCUAAGGAUCUUUUACCCGCCAGAUCUAUUACCAAGAAGAGAAUAUGGCAGACUGAAGCCUAUAUAUUGUGCAAGCCAACUACGUGAGGCAGCAAUCAAAUUUUGGGUCAAUGAACAACACAAAAGCAUAACUGAGCUAAAAUAUUCAGAAGGAGUGUUGAACAUACCAUAUUUCCAGGUAAGUGAUUGGACUGAGACUAUGAUCAAAAACGUGGUUGCAUUCGAGCAGUGUCACCUUGCUCUUGAAAGCUAUGUGACUGAUUACAUAGCCUUCUUGAAUUGUCUUAUUGACACUGGAAAAGAUGUUGAAGUGCUUGUUAAGAAGGGAAUCAUGGACAACUUGUUGGGUCACAAUGAUGAAGUGGCUUCCUUAGUCAACAAUCUUGACAAAGACAAUGUCUUUAUGACUUGCAACAGUGAUUAUCUUUCUCUGCAUGAAGAACUGAACAAGUUUUAUGUGAAUCCUUACCACAAGUCUAAGAUGCAAAGUAAUGUCAAGAGGAAUAUCUUGACACUUACUCGAGACCUACGAGAAAAGAGAAACAGAGCAAGCUUUCCAAGGAUUAAUUCAAAUGCUACAAACAUGGGUAUGGAAUAUGAGAGGACUUACAGCAGUGAGAAGAAUGAAUAA